AUGGCUAAACUAAGCCUCAAGGACAGCAGCAGUAAAGCGGUGGGUAUCCGCGACAAGGUUUACCUUCCAGAGGCUGACAGUGCUCUCACACUGGAAGAAACAGUCAUGGAGGAUGUCCAACAGCCUGCCAAGAUGAAAUGCCUUGAAGGCCCACACUUAAAAAACCAAGAACCAGGCAAGCCCUGUGGCCUCCUGAGUCCUGAGGAGGAGCUUGUACUUACCUCCCGAUUGGAGAAGGAGGAGGAGGAGGAAGAGAAUGAGGAGGAAGGAGAAGAGGAGGAGGAGAUUGAUUUGGAUCCAGAUCAGUCCCCUGACCUGGAGGAGGAAGAGAAUGAUCUCAGGGAUCCAGCUGUGCUCAAUGCUGUCCACAACAUCCAGAGAGGACUUCUUGGCUCCUCUAGAAUCAAGGCCCUUGAUGUGCUGGGGACAUCAUCUGCUUCGUUGAAUUUUCUGUGGCAGACCCUGGACUACCAAUCACCAAUACUUUUCCGGUCUACGCUUCUCAAUGCCAGCUCUCCAGCACAGCAUUUUGGACCUCGACUGCUGUCGCCGGACCCGUCUCUCUUCUACAGCCCACCAGCCUCGGCCUCAUGUUCCCUUAGGUUCAGUCAUCUAACACAGCUCCAUCCUUGGCACCAACGGAUCUUGCAGCAGCAGCAGAGUGAUCAAAUGCUGAGUCCCCCAACCAAGAAGCCUUGGUCUCAGCAGCCAGACCCCUAUGCUAACCUCAUGACUGGAAAAGAGAAGGAGUGGGUCAUAAAAGUGCAAAUGGUCCAGCUGCAGAGUGAGACCCCUCACUUGGACGACUAUUACUAUCAGGAAUAUUAUCAGAAACUAGAGAAGCAGGCAGAUGAAGAGCUACUUGGACAGAGGAGUAGGGUCGAAUCCCUCAAACUGGAAACUCCUUAUAUUCAGAAAGCAGAGGCUUACGAGUCAGUGGUUCGAAUUGAGGGUUCCUUGGGCCAGGUAGCCAUAUCAACGUGUUUUAGCCCUCGCCGAGCUAUAGAUGCUGUGCCUCAUGGAACUCAAGAGCAGGAUACAGGGGCUGCAAACAGUCAGAGGCUUCGGGUAUUAUAUCGGAUUGAGAAGAUGUUCCUUCAGUUACUAGAGAUAGAGAAGGGCCAGAAAGAUGGAUCACCACAGCCCUGGUCCUCCAAGAAACAGGCUGAGAAGCUCUUCCAAACCUUGGUGACCCAGGAGCAGAAUAACCUGGAGGAGGCAACAGAUGGCUUCCUGCAGGUGCUCUCUGUGAGGAAAGGAAAAGCUCUGGUGGCCCGGCUGCUCCCCCUCCUGCCCCAUGAUCGGGCUGUUAGCCUUCUUCUGGCUAUCACCCACCAUCUACCCUUCCUGGUCCGGAGGGAUGGGGCUGAUCAGGCCCUACACAUGUUAUUCAAACCUCUGGGCAAAUGUAUUAGUCACUUGACCUUCCGUGAACUCUUGCAAGGGCUUCAAGGACUAAUGCGGCUACCACCAGCCUCCUCAGAGAGGCCAGUCACUGUGGUGCUUCAGAAUCAGUUUGGAAUAUCUUUGCUCUAUGCCCUGCUGAGUCAUGGGGAACAGCUGGUAUCUCUGGAUUCUUCCCUAGAGGAGCCAAAGAGUAACCGUACAGCUUGGACAAACAUGGUGGUUUUGAUUGCCUGGGAAAUAGCUCAAAUGCCUACAGCCUCUCUGGCAGAACCCAUAGCCUUCCCCAGCAACCUCCUUCCCCUGUUCUGUCACCAUGUAGACAAACAAUUGGUACAAUAG